AUGGCACAGCAGAUCCUUCUUGCUCCACCUUCUGAACGGACCCUCUCCCAAGCCGAAGGCCUUGCGGUGGUUCAGAUCUUUCUCAAUGCAUCGUUGGCCUGUAUCGCUCACGCAAGAGAGCUGAUCCCAUGGACAUCGCCUUGCUUCCGCACGGGCUAUGUCGACCAGAUCACUCUUGAAGACGACCCGCCCGGUGGAGAGAGUUUAUACUCUGCUUUUCAAGGUCUCACAUCAGAAAAGACCGUUGGUGAAGGUCAGGAGAUCAAACUCCUCGAGCAAGGAGUAUUUGACGCCUUACAUCGAAGUUACCUAGACAGCCUUCGAGUGUUUGUGACCAAGGCAACAGAAAGCCAGCCAGUGAUUGUUGAGACUUACCAUUUCGCUUUUGCGUAUGACCAUGGUCGAGUCACGGGCGUGCGAUUGAGUCCGUUGGAUCAGGCAUUCGUCUUGGAGAAUGUACACAAAAGUUUCAAGGCUGCGAUACGGGCUCUGCUUCGCUCACUGAGGAAUCUACCUCGUCUGCCAGCUCGUCGCAAGCUAGGAAUGAGCCUCACGUACAACGAGACAUGUCCUAUGGUAUAUCAACCGCCCGGAUUUGUAGACAAAGAUGAGUACCAAGAGGAGGAAGGCGGGGCAAUGUGUGAGGCGUUGCUGAGACGAGAUGAGGAUGUUGUUGGUGCGCUGGAAUGCGGACACCAUCAGGUGCGUGUUGCAGUACGCCUCCAAAGCGCGCAGAGAGAAGAAUCAUCGAUUGAUCUGCAAGACACGGAAAUGAGCAGACAGCUGCAGGCAAUGCAGAAGACGUCCUCCAGCCGCAGCAACAACCUAGUCUCUACGUUGAGAGAUUCACUUCCAGGAUUGAAGCGUCCAAGGACCGGUCCAAUACCUGGUGCCAAACGCCCAAGAGCCUCUUAUCCUGACAAGGUUUCGAACGACGAAUCUGUUCCACACAAUGUCGGUAUAAACCUCGCAACAGGGUUACAAAGCCUUGAGAAGCCGACUUUCAGAAGCCCAGAAUCGGGCCAGGGGAUAGUGUCCAGAGAUCAUCCCGCCCCAAAAAGUACGCCGCAAGGAAGUGCUCUCUGUCUCUGUAUCACCAAGCUCACGGAGCUCCUCAUACACUGCCAUGCCAUUCAAAGUGGAAAGACAAGCGGAAGCGAGAAUGUUUUUGACCAUGGUCUUUUAGCUGAAGGAAAGAUCAAACGGCUUCAUCGAUCGAGUCGCGUCAACUGUGAGUGUGGAAGUCAGCAUGGAUCAAGUUCAAUGCUCUACUGCGAAGUAUGUGACGGUUGGCAACAUAGCAAAUGCUACGGCCGCGACAAAAGCCUCACCUCUGCUACUAUAUCGGAGCAUUUCUGCUAUACCUGUCUCCUGUCUUCUGAAAGGCCAGACCCCUCGAAGUCCCCCUUGCUCAUUACUCUCCUGCGAAUGGCAGUAGGCUAUCUCACAACAAAAGCCAUGCCGGGAUCGCGGAUCGAGGGCAACUUCCUGCAAACACGACUGCAACCACCGCGAUGGACGACCAAGGUGCUUGAUCGGACACUGGAGCGACUUGUGGAAGAAGGACUGCUUGUGCGGCGGGCCGGAGGAUCUUUCGAAGUCACAUCGCUCAGCGACUCGGAGUUGCGGCAGGUCCAGGAGCGAUGUAUGAGCCCAUUGGCGUCAAUAGAGGAUCUUUAUGAGAUCUGUGCAGACAUCGAAAAAGCGCGCAACGGCAAGGACCUGAUGAUUUGGCUCAAAGCGUACGCUCGUGGAAAUGACUAUACGACGGCUGAAGGAUGCGAAAAGCUGACUGCGUACGACGACUUUGGCGAUCCAGUAGUCCGCUGGGGAUAUCGCCUCGAUGCAACGAUCCCUUCACCGAGAGACUCGGUUGUCGAAGGUGGGACAGCGACGCCAGUACGUCGACGCAAGAUCAGUAUCUCGCGCAUCCUAAUCGACAUUGACGGUUCCCCAUCUGCUGCGAGCAUGAGUCUCGAAGAAACCACAGGGCGAAACUCCAAUGACAGGGGGUACAACACCGAUUGCAGCACCACAACCUGGACCGGGACCGCCGACUAA